AUGCCCCUCGUAAAAUCCACCCUGCACCGCCUCCUCACCCGCAUCGGCUCAUCAACCACUGGUCUGAAGACAGAGCUCGUUGCGAGACUCGAUCGCGAUGUCAGAGUUAGUCGAUAUCCUUCUGUACCAAGGGAAAGGCGAAGCCAGGGUACGAAGACGAAGGGGGAGUUGGUCCGGAUCCUGAGCAUCGACAUGGGGAUCCGGAAUCUUGCGUUUUGCGUUGUCGACGGGGAGCUAGAUGGGGCUGAAGAGAGGGAAGUCCAGAUGGAGAUAGUGGCAUGGCGACGUCUCGACGUCCUGGAUGAAGUAGAGCGCCUUAUUCCAUCUCCUUCUCCUCUUCCGUCUUCACCUCUCCCAAACACAGACUUGGAACCCGACAACCACCCAAAAAACUCAUACAACCCCUCCACCCUCUCCCAGACGGCCUACUCCCUCCUCAAACACACCCUCCUCCCUUACAACCCAGACAUCAUCCUCAUCGAGCGCCAACGCUGGCGCACAAACUCCAGUCCCGCCAUCCAGCAGUGGACGCUGAGGGUGAAUACGCUGGAGGCGAUGCUGUGGGCAAUGUUGACGGCGCUAAAGGGAGAAGCCGCGGCUGUGUCUGCACAAGGGAUGCAAAUACCUUCGUCGACCACGGGCGAGGAUUCCAAUCAAUCCGCAGCCUUGUCAGCGUCCGCGUCGAGGCUCAAUUAUGAUUACACCGUCUACCCCGUCGACCCCAAACGCGUCGCCAACUUCUGGCUCGGUCCCCUCACCACCAAGAUUCCCAGCCCCUCGCGCAAAAAGGACAAGAAGAAGCAACCCCCCACCCCCUCGCCCGAAGAAGAAUCCCACAACCUCCCCACCAUUGACCCUCCGCCCACCAAAACGCCCCUACCGCGCGGAAAAGCCGAAAAGAAAUUCAAGAUCCAGCUCCUCCGCACCUGGCUCGACCAAUCUUCCAGCGGCACAGGGUCAGAAACCACCCGCGAUGAAGAAACAGCGACAGACGUCGAGAAUGGCGGAAAGGGGAGACGUAAGGGGAAGAAGAAGACGAUGAUGAAAGAGGAGGGAGAGGAGGAGGUGAAAGAUGCAUCGGGCCUCGGGAUCGAGGGAAAAUUGGACGAUGUGACGGACUGUUUUCUCCAGGCUGCGGCUUGGGUUGCUUGGGAGGCGAACCGGGUGAGGAUCUUAGAGGGGAGGGACGAACUUGUUAAGGGGAUUCUGGAUGGUGAGCAUGGGAGAAGAGGGAAGGGAGAUGGGGAGGCAAAAGAGAAGAAAAAGAAAGCAAAGAAGGAUGUGAAGAAAAGCGAGGGAGGAGGAAGAGAAGGAGGAGAUCAAGAAGGAAGCGACCCAGUGGGUGAAGUGAUGAAGGGGAGGAGGUCCAGGGGAGCAAGAAAGGGGAAGGGCGGUGCAGGGUGA